AUGAAUAAAAGUCCAUCAGCUCUUCUUUCAGGAAAAUCAUCCAAAAACCAAUUCAACUUUCCAGAUCAAUUAAUUUUGCCAAUACCUGCAUCAAGCAGUCCAAAACGUCCGGAAAGACUCACAUCAAGACCUCCAAGCGGAAUUUUAUACAUACAUUUUCUCGAUAAUCCAGAAUUUGAGAUAGAAUUUUUCGAAGAAGAGCCUAUAAAAUCUCUUAAACUACGAAUUGCUCACUUUGCUAAAGCAGAUUUAUCCAAUUUCAAUCUUUCCUCUAGAAAUGGUACAUUAAACAUAGGAAAGAAGGUCAGUGAUUAUGGAAUCAGAGCAUCAUCUCAUAUAAUUGUUCUAGAAAAUCAAGCUCACAGAAAUCAUCAGAUAAAAUUGAGGGAAGAAUGGAUUGAAAACAGAAAACAAAGAAGAAGUUUAGGACGUCUGAAUAUUAGUGCUAAGUUCCUUAGCAACUUAAACCAUCGAAAUAACAUUAAAUUACAAAUCGCAGAAAAGGAUAAAGAUAUGCAGCUAUAUAAAUCAGUUGAAACAUUUUUCAACGAAAUUAACCAGGAUAUGUUUUAA